AUGUCAAACACUUUGGAAGAGCUCAAAAAGUACACUCAAGUCGUUGCAGACACAGCAGACUUCAAUUUGAUCAAAAAAUACACUCCCAUUGACUCGACAACUAACCCCUCAUUGAUCUUGGCUGCGACAAAAGACCCCCAAUACGGCUACUUGAUUGACGUUGCCGUUGACUACGCCAAGGACAAGGGCUCGUCUCCAGAGGAAAAAGCCGACCUUGCCUUGGACAGAUUGUUGAUUGAGUUUGGGAAGGAGAUUUUGAAAAUCGUCCCCGGGAGAGUUUCGACCGAGGUUGACGCUAGAUUGUCGUUUGACACCGAGGCCACCGUUAAGAAGGCCUUGCACUUGAUUGACUUGUACAAGCAGCAAGGCAUUGACAAGGACAGAAUCUUGAUCAAGAUUGCCUCCACGUGGGAAGGUAUCCAGGCUGCCAAGAUUUUGGAAUCGAAGUACCAAAUCCACUGCAACUUGACGCUUUUGUUCUCCUUCGAGCAAGCCGUGGCCUGUGCCGAAGCCCAAGUCACCUUGAUCUCGCCUUUUGUCGGUAGAAUUCUCGACUGGUACAAGGCUGCCACCGGUGAGACCUACACCGCGGAAACCGACCCCGGUGUCAAGUCCGUUAAAGACAUCUACAACUACUACAAGAAAUACGACUACAAGACCAUUGUUAUGGGUGCCUCGUUCAGAAAUGUCGGGGAGAUUGAAGCCUUGGCCGGUUGCGACUACUUGACCAUUGCGCCAAAAUUGUUGGAAGAGUUGCAAACUUCAACUACUCAAAUCACUCAACAAUUGAGUGCUGCUGAAGCCAAGAAGUUGGACAUUGCCAAGGUUUCAUAUAUCGAUGACGAGCCUGCCUUCAGAUUGGGCUUGAACGAAGACGCCAUGGCCACUGAGAAAUUGUCGCAAGGUAUCAGAGGUUUCAGUAAGGAUGCCGUUACCUUGUUGGGUGAAUUGGAAAAGAGAUUUUCAUAA